GACACGUGUGAUGCUUGUGGGCACUACGGGGCAGCUUCAGUCCCAAAAACAAGAGUACACUGGGGUCUUUUUUUAUUCAGACCGGUCUCUUUAUUAAAAACCUGUGCUUUUUGCGAUAUUUAAUGUCAUUAAGGGCUUUGAAGACCGUGUCGGAUUGAAGCUAAGAGAAGAACAGAACUCACUCACUGUCUUGAAAAACUUUCGUGAGAAUUUGGACUUUGACGCUUUUCAUCCACUAUGGCGGACUAUUUAAUCAGCGGACAGACGGGCUACGUGCCUGACGACGGUCUAACUGGACAGCAGCUCUUCAACUGCGGAGACGGACUUACCUACAAUGAUUUCCUGAUUCUGCCAGGGUACAUUGACUUCACAGCUGACCAGGUGGACCUGACAUCAGCGCUGACCAAACAGAUCACAAUGAAAACCCCACUGGUCUCGUCGCCAAUGGACACUGUCACAGAGUCUGACAUGGCCAUUGCUAUGGCGCUGACUGGUGGGAUUGGCUUCAUUCAUCAUAACUGCACUCCAGAGUUCCAGGCUAACGAAGUUCGCAAGGUCAAGAGGUACGAACAGGGUUUCAUUACAGAUCCAGUGGUGAUGAGUCCUAAUGAGCGGGUAAGAGACGUCUUUCAGGCUAAGGCGCGACACGGAUUCUGUGGGAUUCCAAUCACCGACAAUGGACAGAUGGGUGGACGUCUGGUCGGCAUCAUUUCAUCACGAGAUAUCGACUUCCUCAAAGAGUCGGAGCAUGACCUGCCCCUCAGUGAGGUGAUGACUAAGAGGGAUGAUCUGGUUGUAGCUCCAGCAGGAGUGACACUGAAAGAGGCCAAUGAAAUCCUCCAGAGGAGCAAGAAAGGCAAGCUUCCUAUAGUAAAUGAGGAGGGCUGUUUGGUGGCCAUCAUCGCUCGGACAGAUCUGAAGAAGAACAGAGAUUUCCCGCUGGCCUCAAAGGAUUCUCGUAAACAGCUGCUUUGUGGCGCUGCUAUCGGAACACACAAUGAUGACAAAUACAGACUCGACCUGCUAGUGCAGGCUGGCGUAGAUGUGGUCGUCCUGGACUCUUCCCAAGGAAAUUCCAUCUUUCAGAUUAAUAUGAUUAAGUAUAUAAAAGAGAAAUAUCCCAGCCUACAAGUCAUUGGUGGCAAUGUGGUGACUGCGGCUCAGGCGAAGAAUUUGAUUGACGCUGGAGCGGAUGCUUUGAGAGUGGGAAUGGGCAGCGGCUCCAUCUGCAUCACACAAGAAGCUCCUCUCAGUGUUCCUCCUGGUUUAAAGCUCCACAGCCCCAAAAGCCCAACUACUGUUACGGGAUAUUCCAUGCUGGCAUGCGGGAGGCCACAGGCAACAGCCGUGUAUAAGGUAUCAGAAUAUGCUCGGCGGUUUGGCGUGCCCGUCAUUGCAGAUGGGGGGAUUCAGACAGUCGGUCACAUUGCUAAAGCACUUGCAUUAGGAGCAUCUACAGUAAUGAUGGGGUCAUUGCUCGCUGCCACAUCUGAAGCUCCUGGUGAAUAUUUCUUCUCGGAUGGGAUCCGUCUGAAGAAGUACAGAGGGAUGGGCUCACUGGAUGCCAUGGACAAGAACCUUGGCUCACAGAGCAGAUACUUCAGUGAGAGUGAUAAAAUUAAAGUAGCUCAGGGAGUUUCAGGGGCAGUUCAGGAUAAAGGCUCCAUCCAUAAGUUUGUUCCAUAUCUCCUCGUUGGCAUACAGCAUUCCUGCCAAGACAUCGGUGCUAAGAGCCUCACACAGCUGAGGGCAAUGAUGUAUUCUGGUGAACUGAGGUUUGAAAAGAGGACAAUGUCAGCUCAAAUGGAGGGUGGAGUGCACAGCCUACACAGCUAUGAGAAGCGCCUGUUUUAAAGACACUACAGAUGCCAGUACAUGCACAGCCAAAUGCACAUAAACCCUCAUUAAUGAACUUCCACACGUGCUUUUGCACAUUCAGGCACCCGAACACACCGAGAACCUCAGCUUCCUCUUUCUCGUCUUCCCAGCCGCCUUUCCUCUUAGUGAGGAGAGAACCCGUGUGUAAAUGUCUGAGCAUAUGCCAGUGUGCGUGAACGUGUGGUUGUGGGAAGAACAUGCCGUCUGCUGUAUGUAUCGGAUGCCUUACAUGUCAAAAAUUGUUUUUGAUUGUAAUCAUUUGACAAGUUUUGUUUAAAAAUAUACAUUUUUUGCCACGAAUAUUUGUCUUGACUCUUGUCUUGUUUCAUAAAAUACAAAAAUACCUGCAUAUGCAUCAUUAUAAGCAAACAACAGUCCACAUUUACAGUCCUGAGAAGAAAACCGGAUGAAUGAGUGCAGUUAAAUCUGUGUGAAACAGGAAGUGUUUUAUUUUAAUGGGAUUUAUGUUAAGUUUGAUAUAAAAAGAGAACUGACACUUCAAUUUAGGUGUGUGCAUGUGAAUACCUUCAUAGAAAUCUGCCUGUGACAUGUAAAUUAUAACAUAGUUUUGACUUGCAUGUUUUGUUUUUUUGUCAUAAUAAAUUGAUUUUCAAAUCCUGAA